AUGAUGGGACCCUGUUACGCGGACCGAGCCGAUCGAGCCGCGGCGUGCGUCCGGCAGGCGUCGAAUAGACAAAACUCGGCGGGUGCCGUCGGGCGGUGCGCACUCGCUCCGUCGGGUUGUCUAUUGAUCACCAGGAGAUCAUGUCCGCCGCAGUCCGUAGCCGUGUCGUUCUCGUUUCCUGUCCAGCAUUUUCCACGGCGUCCGGUACCAGGACACCAGCCGGCCGUACCGACGACCUCGGCCGCGCGCCACGGCGGUCGCCUGCGUCCGUCGGCACCGGAAACACCGGCAAACAUUAUCGUUAUUUUCGUACGGACAGCGGCGGACGCAGGGGCACAGCGAGAUGCCGAAGCCCCAACCCCCAAACGACCGUAG